UAAAUUUGCAAAUAAAAAUAAGGUUUAGCUAUAUUUGCUAAAGAACUAGUCAUACGCUUUGUGUAUAUUUUUCACCGCGAUAAGAUAAGUGUAGACGUUAUAAAUUCUCGUAGGCGGAUCAUUGUUAUUAUCAGUGCAAUUUUUCAAGUCAAACUGUUAAAUAAGCACAGGUACCUACCACAUAUUAUAAGGAAAAAUUAUGGCUGGACACAGCUAUAAUAAUCAACUAAAAAGUUGUUGGCACCCUACAUCCUCAUCGGCUACAUUCCUAAGUUCUUUCACUGGUCCCUCAACACCUCAACGGUCUAAACCCGCCGCUGUCCCAUCUUGUCCUUCGUGUUCGUGUCCACCUUCGACUUAUUGUCACUUGUGUCGUCCAAUAAAUGCUCCCACUCACACUGGAACGUCUAGAGAGGGUGCAUAUUACUGGGUAGACACAUUCGCACACGGCGCCACGCCUUCUACAGCCAUCCAUGGUGGGUACGAUAUUGAUGGUACGCAAAUUUACGUUGGACGAGCAUUUCAUGAAGGUGACUGGUUACCGGCCAAAGUUAUGCCAGAGAAAAAUGUCGCCUAUGUAGCAUAUAACGGACAAGAACAUGCCAAAGAUAGAUAUCAGGUAUUGUGCGAGCAAAGAUUCGACUGGGUACCAAGUUCCGGAGGUCACGUACCACCAGGCGCUGUAGAAGGAGGAAGAACGUCUGAUGGAGAAACUUUAUAUGUUGGAAGGGUACAUCAUGAGGGAUCUCUCACCGUUGGAAAGGUCCACCCAAGUCAUGGUGCUUGCUACAUUCCAUUCGGCGGAAGGGAAAUAGGAAACGAUUCCUAUGAAAUCCUCGUGCUCAGAUCUUAAAGAUUUUUUUCUUUUCUUCUUUUCAACGUUAAAGUUAUGAAUUUUGUUUGGUUAUGGUAGAAGCAAGUUUAGUGAGGAAAUUUUAAAGGUCUUAAUUGGUUUUCAAUUUUAAUAAAAAGAAAUAAUUGAACGA